CUUCGAUUCAUCCCAUCGCAAUCCACAUAUCAUGUCGUCCACCUCGGACUCGCCAGGAACAUGGCUGCCUAGGAAAAUCCUGGAGGAACUGGGUCUGCUGUCCGUCUGGCAAUCCUCGCGCGAUGUGAAGUUGCUCGGUGCUCAGCGAUUCGUGCGGCUGUUUGCCUACGGCGGUUCCACGCUGAUUCUGGCCUCGUAUCUCUCGGCCCUGGGCAUUUCGGAUGCCCGCAUCGGUCUGUUUAUGACCCUGACUCUGGUCGGAGACGUGGCCAUCAGCUUCUUCCUUACUCUUUUUGCCGAUAGGAUGGGACGGAAAGCCGUUCUGGCAUUAGGCUCAGCCCUGAUGGUAGGCAGUGGUGUGGCUUUUGCUCUACUGGGGAACUUCUGGAUCCUCCUGGCUGCAGCGGUUAUAGGGGUCAUUAGUCCUAGUGGCAAUGAAAUUGGUCCCUUCCGGGCAGUGGAGGAAUCCACCCUAGCUCAUCUCACGCCUCAUGAGCUGCUGGGCGAUAUAUUCGCCUGGUACUCGCUUGUCGGCACCGCCGGCACCGCGCUCGGCAUGAUGACUUGUGGAUGGGCCAUCAACCUGUUACAGGUCACUAAAGGAUGGGAAUUUAUUGCCGCCUGUCGCACAAUCUUUCUUGUCUAUGCCGCUAUCGGCGCAAUCAAGUUCUUGCUGGCCAUCGCGUUGAGUAAAAAAGUCGAAGUCGAGGAUAAGAAGAAAACGACGCAAACCCCUCCGACCCAGGGAGACGGAGAAACCCAGCCUCUACUAGGGGAUAGGGCGGUAGCUCCUCCUAAGGAGUCUCCCAAGAAGUCGUUUUUUUCGUUCCUUGGGGACAAAGAGCUCUUUUCACUGGUUGUCCGACUCUUUAUCUUGUUUGGUCUUGACUCUUUCGCCUCCGGUCUGGCGUCGUUGUCAUGGAUGACUUACUUCUUCAAGCGCAAGUUUUCUCUCCCGGAGGGAAAGCUCGGCUCCAUCUUCUUCACCACUAGCAUCAUUUCCGCCGCAUCCAUGCUAGUUGCCUCGUCAAUCGCCAGGCGCAUCGGCAACGUCAAGACUAUGGUCUUUACCCAUCUUCCCUCCGCCGUCUGUCUGGCGCUUAUACCUGUCCCCUCCCUCCUCCCUCUAACUCUCACUUUCUUGGUUCUCCGCGCCUGCUCUCAGAAUAUGGACGCCGCACCACGCUCGGCCUUCCUUGCUAAGGCGCUUCCGGCCGACAAACGCACCGCCAUCAUGGGAUCGAUCAACGUGGUCAAGACGUGCAGCCAGAGUCUGGGUCCGUUGAUUACGGGAAUCUUGGCAAGCCAUGGCCUAUUUGGCGUCUCGUUUACCAUUGCCGGUGUGUUGAAAUGCAUUUAUGAUGUGGGCAUGCUGCUGAGUUUUGCGGGGCGAGAAAAAGUGAGGGCAUCUCAAUCCCUUGCGUGAGCCAGAGAGAUGCUGGGGAGAUUAGAAAAGGUUCCUGUUGUGCGAAGGGGU